AUGUACGUCACAAUGAUGAUGACCGACCAAAUCCCGCUGGAGCUGCCGCCGUUGCUGAACGGGGAGGUGGCCAUGAUGCCUCACAUCGUGAAUGGCGACGGAUCACAGCAGGUAUUUUUGGUUCAAGUUAAUCCAGGUGAAACCUUUACAAUAAGGGCUGAGGAUGGGACCCUCCAGUGCAUCCAAGGACCAGCAGAGGUUCCCAUGAUGUCACCCAAUGGAUCCAUUCCCCCUAUUCAUGUGCCUCCCGGUUAUAUCUCACAGGUGAUAGAAGACAGCACGGGUGUCCGGAGGGUGGUGGUGACGCCGCAGUCUCCGGAGUGUUUCCCUCCCAGUUACCCCUCGGCCAUCUCGCCAACCCAUCACCUGCCCCCCUACCUAACACACCAUCCCCAUUUCAUCCACAACUCCCACACAGCCUUUUACCCUCCUGUCACUGGACCUGGGGACAUGCCACCACAGUUUUUCCCGCAGCAUCAUCUUCCCCCAACAAUAUAUGGAGAACAAGAAAUCAUACCACUAUAUGGGAUGUCCAGCUACAUCACCAGGGAAGAUCAGUACAGCAAACCACAGCACAAAAAGCUCAAAGACAGGCAGAUUGACCGCCAGAACCGCCUGAACAGCCCUCCCUCCUCCAUCUACAAGAGCCAUAUAGGCAGCUGCACGACGGUGUACAAUGGUUAUGCCAAGAGCCACAACGGGGCGAGCAGCGGCGCAGCCCCAGCCCUGAAGAAACCAGAGCGCAGAGCAAGGAGCAGCCCAAAGUCAAAUGAACAAGACCCACAUGACUUUGAUUCAGAAACAAAAAGGGUUCAAGACAUUCUUUCUGGAAUGGAGAAGCCACAGGUUACAAAUAUUCAAGCAAGAACAGUUUUGCUUUCCUGGUCACCUCCCACUGGCCUUCUCAAUGCAGAUAGACACAACAAUGGUUUGCCUUACACCUGUACCUACGAGGUUGCCUUAUCAGAUAAAGGGAGGGAUGGAAAAUACAAGACCAUUUACAGUGGAGAAGAAUUAGAAUAUCACCUGAAGGACCUUAGGCCAGCAACAGAUUACCAUGUCAGGGUACAUGCAAUGUACAACUCAGUAAAGGGAUCCUGCUCAGAGCCAGUAAGCUUCACCACUCACAGCUCAGCACCAGAGUGUCCCUUCCCACCAAAACCCUCGCACAGGACCAAAAGCUCCUUAACCUUACAGUGGAAGGCACCCAUUGAUAAUGGUUCAAAAAUCACCAGCUACCUUCUGGAGUGGGAUGAGGGAAAGAGGAACAGUGGUUUCAGAGAAUGUUACUUUGGGAGCCAGAAGCAUUGCAAGCUGACCAAGCUGUGCCCAGCUUUGGGUUACACCUUCCGGCUGGCAGCCCAGAACGACGUCGGUACUAGUGGGUACAGCCAGGAGGUGGUUUGCUACACUGCAGGCAAUAUUCCUCAGACCCCUUCUGCACCACGGCUCAUUCGAGCUGGUGUGACGUGGAUCUCAUUGCAGUGGAAUAAAGUAGAAGGAUGCACACCAGAGGAAGUGAUUACCUACACCCUGGAAAUUCAGGAAGAAGAUAAUGAUAGUGUGUUUCACCCAAAGUACACUGGAGAGGAGCAAGCCUGUACUGUGAAGAAUCUCAGAAGAAGCACACAGUAUAAAUUCAGGCUGUUUGCUUCCAACGUGGAGGGGAAGAGUUCUCCCAGUGAAGUGUUGGUCUGCACAACCAGCCCAGACAGGCCAGGACCUCCAACCAGACCCGUGAUCAAGGGGCCAAUAACAUCUCAUGGCUUUAGUGUGAAGUGGGAUCCUCCACAGGAUAAUGGUGGUUCAGAAAUCCUAAAGUAUCUGCUGGAGAUUUCUCAAGGAAGUCCAGAAGCAAAUCAGUGGGAAGUGGCCUACAGUGGCUCAGCUACAGAAUACACCUGUACUCACUUGAAACCAGGCACUUUGUAUAAACUCCGGGCAUGCUGUAUCAGCACUGGUGGACACAGUCAGUGCUCUGAGAGUUUACCUGUCCGUACGCUGAGCGUUGCUCCGGGGCCCUGCCGCCCUCCCCGGCUCCUGGGCAAGCCGAGGCACAGGGAGGUGCAGCUGCAGUGGGAUGUCCCUCAGUCAGAAAGUGGCUGCCCUGUCUCUGAGUACAGUGUGGAGAUGACAGCCCCUGAAGAAGUGGUUUCUGAGGUGUACCACGGGCCUGAGCUGGAGUGCACUGUGAGCAGCCUCCUCCCCGGGGCCACCUACACAUUCCGCGUGCGAGCCCUGAACGACGGCGGGUACGGGCCGUAUUCGGAGGUGACGGAGGUGACCACAGCAGCAGGACCCCCAGGCCAGUGCAGAGCACCUUCCCUGUCCUUCCUGUCUGACACACGAGUCCUGGUCAGCUGGGAGAGUCCUGAAUGUUCUGGUACUGACAUCUCUGAAUACAGAUUAGAGUGGGGAGAAGAGGAGGAAUCUCUACAGCUUGCAUAUAGUGGCACAGAAACCUUCUUUGAAGUCAGUGACUUGUUGGCAGCAGCACAUUACUGCUGCAGGCUACAGGCCAUUAACCAGGCUGGAGCUGGACCCUACAGCGAGCUGGUGACCUGCAGAAUCCCUGCCUCCGUGCCUGAUGCCGUCUCCACCCUGUGCGUGCUGGAGGACGAGCACGUGGGUCCCUGCCAGCCCUCACCCUCUGUGUGCCUUGUACUGAGCUGGGAAGAGCCAAGCAAUAACGGGGCUGAGAUCACAUCCUACAACAUCGACCUGGGGGACCUCAGCAUCCCCGUGGGGAACGUGACGAGUCACGUCAUCGAGGGUUUGCUGCCCGAGACCUCGUACCGGAUCAGGAUCCAGGCUGUCAAUGAAAUUGGAGCUGGACCUUUUAGCCACUUUAUUAAAGCAAAAACCAGGCCAUUACCACCCUUACCUCCACGGCUGGAGUGUGCUGCAGCAGGACCUCAGAGCCUGAAGCUGAAGUGGGGAGACAGCAGCUCCAAGCUUCACUCUGCUGAUGACAUGGUUUAUAUCUUGCAGAUAGAGGACAGAAAUAAAAGGUUUAUCCCAAUUUACAGGGGACCGAGUCACACAUACAAGAUACAGAGGCUGACAGAAUCUACCUGUUACUCCUUCAGAAUACAGGCUGUCAAUGAUGCUGGGGAGGGACCUUUCUCAGAAAUCUCUACCUUCUGCACAACUAAGUCAGUCCCACCUGCAAUCAAAGCCCCUCGAGUGACACAGCUGGGAGGAAACUCCUGUGAAGUUACCUGGGAGAUGGUCCCACCCAUGAAGGGAGAUCCUGUUGGUUAUGUUCUGCAGGUGCUGGUUGGGAGAGAAUCAGAAUACAAGCAGGUGUACAAGGGAGAAGAAACCACAUUCCACAUCUCAGGCCUUCAGGUGAACACAGACUAUCGGUUCCGCGUGUGCGCCUGCCGCCGGUGCGGGGACACGUGCCAGGAGCUCAGCGGUCCCUUCAGCCCCUCGGCGGCGUUCGCGCUGCAGCGCAGUGCCCUGGUGCUGGCGGGCGAGCCGGGCGGCGCCCACGACCCCAAGGCCAAGCCCAUGGUGCCCACGGAUGAACAGUUCGCUGCCCUCAUCGUGCUCGGCUUCGCCAGCCUCUCCAUCAUCUUCGCCUGCAUCCUACAGUACUUCUUUAUGAAGUAG